UAGACCUGUUUUAAAUUGUCUGUUGAAUACAAUGUCGUCUGCAGAAAUGUUAGGAGAGAAGGUUGCAGGUGUGGAAUUGAGGGAAGAAGAUGACCCAUAUCGUGGGAAUAUGCAUGGAGACUCUGAGAAGAAUACUGUGUGGAGGCAUGGAGCUCCUCCGUCUUACACCCUAGUCAACAACCUCUUUGAACAGACCAGAACUAAGGUAUGGCCCAAAGGUUCUCUGGAAGAAACUGUUCAGAACCUGGUGAAAACGUGGGAGAUGGAGCUUUCGCAUAAGACUCGAAUUCAGGACUUCAAAACAAUUGAUCCUCACAAGUUCUCUCUCAGUACAAACGGUAGACCUGCUCUAUCAGGAAAGGAGACAUUAGAAUUGGGAAGCUACAAUGCCUUGAUGCAGACUUCUUUACCAGAGGAGUUUCAGUACUACAAGACAUCCAAGGAAACAUUUGAGUCCUCUCAUGAAAUAUUUCGAACUGCAAUGCCAGGAGGAUUUGCAUGGGAAGUUGUGGAAGUAUACACAGGGCCUCCUGUUGUGAACUUCAAAUUCAGGCAUUGGGGUGUCAUGGAAGGCCCCUUCAAAGGCCACCAUCCCACUGGACAAACAGUACAAUUCACAGGAAUAGCCAUUGCUAAGGUGAACGAGAAGCUGAGAAUGGAGGAGGUGGAAGUAUACUAUGAUCCUGCAGAACUGUGUGGAGGACUGCUUAGAGGGCCAUUUGACCAAAAUUAUGGGGACUAUAAGACUGGGAUAGAGGGCUGCCCUUUCUUUGCUUAA